CCAAAAAAAGAAGUAUCACUCACGACACAGAGAAAGAAAGAUAUGGAUUCAAGGAGGAUGGAAGAAGAAGAAGAAGGUCCACCAUCAAACGAUUUAUGUUCAAUAUGUCAUGGAAACUUCCAGAAUCCAUGUCAAGCUAACUGUUCUCAUUGGUUUUGUGCUAAUUGUAUUAUGCUUCUUUGGCGACACUCUUCCGGCAUUCAACCUUGUAAAUGUCCUCUAUGUCGCCGACCCAUCAACCUUCUUGUUCCAACCAACAACAACAGCAGCAACAGCGAUGACGAUCCUCAAACUAUGUCUGAUCUUCAAACCUAUAACCGUAUGUUUGGUCAACAAUCUAAUGCUCCUAUUACUCAGAGAAUCCGUGAUCUUCCAUUUCUUUUGAGGAGACUUUUUAGGGAUUUUGUUAAUCCUAAUACAUCUCUUCCUCUUGUUAUCAGAGCUCGUGUCUUCAUUACUAUGAUACUGAGUGUUAUAUACAUCUUAAGCCCUAUUGACAUUAUUCCAGAAGCGAUAUUGGGAAUAAUUGGUCUGUUGGAUGAUGUCCUAAUUGCACUAAUCUUCUUCCUACAUGUUGCUGCCCUUUAUAGAUCAGUACUUUACAUCCGCCAUGGGGGUUCAUGAGUUAUCCAUCUUUUGUAAUUUUUUAGGUAAAACAGUGGAAUUUAGAUGUUGCAUUUACUUCCAUCUUUUGAAAAUUGACAAUACCUUGUUUUGUACAUAGACACAGUUAAGUUUGGAAUAUUGAAUUUAACAAGAGGCCAACAGAAAAGCUCCUCCUUUAAAUUUCAAAUAUUUUGUUGAGCCAAAAGAA